AUGAAGUCUGGUUUACUCGCUUUGGCAACAGCAGCUGCUUUGUUUCCAACAACUAUGGGUGCUGUGAGAGAUGUUCACUUGUUUGCACAAUCUGAGGAUGAAGAUGUUGAUGGUAAAGGAUUGUACUUGGCACACAAGGGCAAAGGUAUUCACAAUUUCUUUUUGGGAACACCACAAAAGCUUAGCUAUGAUGAUGAGAAAAAAACUUUGCUUGUUGAUAUGGGCAAGAAUCAACCAAAUGAACAUUUGUUUGACUAUAUUGGUGAAAUAUUGGGUUUAGCCGUUGGUUCAGGUCCAUUGUCUGCCGAGAUCCUUGAAGACGGCUCUGUUGUGUUUGCCGGUAUGGAUACACUUUCAGCUUCAAAAAAUGGCAACGCAAGAAAGAAUCAACUUGUUGGAGUUAACAACAAUUGGGCUCCAGCAGAUACAACGGUUCCUUUGGGAAUCAGAGCUGUUUUUGGCUCUAGAAACAUGAAAAAACGUGCUGAUGAAGAUGAAGAGAAUCCAACUGAUCCUGAGAAUCCUGAGGAUCCAGAGAACCCAACUGACCCAGAAGAUCCAACUGACCCAGAGAACCCAACUGACCCAGAAGACCCUACUGACCCAGAAGACCCUACUGAUCCUGAAGACCCUACUGAUCCUGAAGACCCAACUGAUCCUGAGAACCCAACUGAUCCUGAAGACCCAACUGAUCCUGAGAACCCAACUGACCCAGAAGAUCCAACUGACCCAGAGAACCCAACUGACCCAGAAGACCCUACUGACCCAGAAGACCCUACUGACCCAGAAGAUCCAACUGAUCCAGAAGACCCUACUGACCCAGAAGAUCCAACUGACCCAGAAGACCCUACUGAUCCAGAAGAUCCAACUGACCCAGAAGACCCUACUGAUCCAGAAGAUCCUACUGACCCAGAAGAUCCAACUGAUCCAGAAGAUCCAACUGAUCCAGAAGACCCAACCGAUCCAGAAGAUCCAGAAGACCCAACUGACCCCGAAGACCCAACCGAUCCAGAAGACCCAACUGAUCCUGAUGAUCCAACUAACCCAGAGGACCCAGAAGACCCUACUGAGCCAACCGAGACUGAAGAGCCAUCACCAGAACCACCUAUUACUUACACUACAUCCUCUACUGUUACCACGUACACUACUUACUGUCCCGAACCUACCACGUUAACAUUAACUGUGUGUGAAGAUUAUUGUCACCAAACUACUUAUACAGUUGAGAAGCCUGGUACCAUUACUGUUACUAAUGUGCAAGUUCCACCUUCCCCAACCGUAACUCCAAUCCCCACACCAAUUGAGCCUCCUAAAGAGAAUAAAGAACCACCAAAAGAUAAUGGAAACCAAGUUGGUAAUCAAGGUGGUAAUCAAGGUGGUAAUCAAGGUGGUAACCCCCCAAGUGGUGGCUAUUGUCAAAAAGGUGACGGCAAGGUAAAGCGUGCCGCUGAAGAGUAUCCCAAGUGUGAAUAA